AUGCCCAUUCCUCCCUUUUUUUUUUUUUUUGGAUUAUGCACUGGGAAUCCACGUGUCCGUUUUACGGUCUACGUGACUAAUCCUGUGCCCCUUGAAGUUGACCCCACAACUCCAAAGGGAGAGUAAAUUCAGGAGUUCAGGGGCGGAAAUGAGCUGAAGAGGGUUUGAACACCUGACUUUAUGAGAAGCACUCCUGUAGCCCACACUACCACCUGAACCACACCCUAGGGUACCCAUUCCUCCCUUUGAUAGGAGUGUCCUGUGUCUGAGUGUUAAUUAGUUCAAAACCAUGAUGGCCGCGGCAAGAUUGCCUCCGCCACCAGUUUUGAGACCGGCGACGGAGGGCGGAGAUGUGCAUACCCGAGGUUUUAAGUUGGUAGUCGCCUCCGCCGCUGACUCCACAGUUGGUGCUGGUGUUGCUGGUGGUGGUGGGAGAUUUCCGUCAUUUCUGCCCAAAGAGGUUGAGAACAUCAAAGACUCGUUUGCUAGAGCUUUGGCUCAGAGGAUUCAAAGACUUCCCGUGCAGACUGGAUUCUCAGACAACUGUAUUAUGAGUAGUUGUGUGAAGCCGCUGACUCAAAGAGAGGACAAUCCAGCAGUUCUCCUCCAUUGUUUUGACAGCUCUUGCUUAGAAUGGAGACGUGCAUUUCCCUUGCUUGAGGAGGCUGGUAUGGAGGCUUGGGCCAUUGACAUUCUUGGAUGGGGCUUCUCUGAUUUAGAAAUGCUUCCACCUUGUGAUGUGGCAUCCAAGGGUUACCACCUCUACCAGUUUUGGAAGUCCUAUAUAAAGAGGCCAAUGAUAUUAGUUGGACCGAGCCUUGGUGCUGCAGCAGCCAUUGACUUUGCAGUCAAGCAUCCGGAAGCUGUUGAGAAGCUGGUACUGAUCAAUGGAAGCGUAUAUGCAAAAGGCACAGGACGUCUAACAAAACUACCUAGAAUGGCAGCAUAUGCCGGGGUUCACCCUAUGCAUGUAUUUGAAUAGAAAGCUACAUCAUGAUGGCUUUUGGUGAUCACGCAGAAGAAUGAAGAAAAUUGUGUUGUAUUUGUAAGUAUUUUUAUAUUCUUUAUUAUGGGUUGUAAUUUAAUUAUGGGUUGUACCACAAUAUGGUUUGUAAUAAUUUGCAUCAAGCAUGGUAGGAUGAUAUGCACAAAAAGACCUAAAUUGACCUUAAGACCCUCAUGUUUGCAUUAAAAUAUGCCCUAUUGAAUGAAAUUCAAUCAUCAUAUGAAUA